AGAUUCGUUUACUCAUCAAAAAAUGAACAAGUCACACAAAUGGGAUUUCCUAGUAAAGAUUUCCAGCAGGAGAAAAUUGGAGUAUGAAAGGAUGAAUACAGGAAACGCGCCCGUCUCACACAAGAAGAAUUACCGACGAAUGCUUGCCAAAUGCUUUGAACGAUUUUCGCGACUCACGGUCUUUCCCAACAGUACCACGUGAAAUGUAGCCAAAGAAUACUACAUAACUUCUUCAAAAUGGGGCAAACAGCUACACACGUAAACGCAAAUUACACAUUAUUUAAUUAUACUGAUGAAAUAAUUGAGGAUGACAGAGACGCCUGUGCCGUCGCAGAUGACCCUAAAUAUCCGAGUAGUUUCGGUAUAACACUUGCGGUACCAGAAUGGGAGGCAAUUUGUACAGCCAUAGUCCUAACGCUAAUAAUAAUCUCAACGAUAGUUGGAAACAUUCUGGUGAUCUUGAGUGUGUUUACAUACAAACCCCUUAGGAUCGUCCAGAACUUCUUCAUAGUAUCACUUGCCGUGGCGGAUUUGACAGUAGCAAUAUUAGUAUUGCCACUAAAUGUGGCAUACUCCAUUCUAGGACAAUGGGUAUUUGGGAUUUACGUAUGCAAAAUGUGGUUAACAUGCGACAUAAUGUGCUGUACUUCGUCCAUUUUAAAUUUAUGUGCAAUUGCAUUAGACAGGUACUGGGCGAUAACUGAUCCUAUAAAUUACGCACAAAAGAGAACUUUAGAAAGAGUGAUGUUAAUGAUUGGAGUAGUCUGGGUACUUUCGUUAGUUAUUAGUUCUCCACCGCUCCUAGGGUGGAAUGACUGGCCCGACGUCUUUGAACCUGAUACGCCUUGUCGUUUAACUUCCCAACCAGGCUUUGUUAUCUUCUCUUCAUCUGGGUCCUUCUACAUACCGCUAGUUAUAAUGACUGUAGUUUAUUUUGAAAUAUAUUUGGCAACUAAAAAGAGACUCAGAGAUCGUGCUAAAGCGACUAAGAUCAGCACUAUUUCUAGCGGUCAGAACAGAUACAAUAAUAAAGAUAACGAUAACAAUGAUCAAGAUUCUGUUAGCUCAGAAGCCAAUCACAAUGAGCACCAAGGCGUGACACGGUUGGUAUCAGACAAUGAGAAAAAGAAGAGAACCAGAAAACUGACACCAAAGAAAAAACCAAAGCGACGAUAUUGGAGUAAGGAUGAUAAAUCACAAAACAAACUGAUAAUACCGAUUCUCUCCAAUGACAAUUCGGUAACUGAUAUGGGUGAUAAUUUAGAAAAUAGAAACACAUCAUCAGAGAGUAACUCGAAAGAAACUCACGAAGAUGAUUUGAUUGAAGUUACUGAGCCUGCGCCAGUGAAAAGUCACAAGCGGCCGAAGCCUAACCAGCAAAGUGCUGUUUAUCAAUUCAUUGAAGAAAAGCAAAGGAUUUCCUUGACACGUGAGCGUCGAGCCGCCAGAACCCUUGGGAUUAUAAUGGGCGUAUUCGUCGUGUGUUGGUUACCCUUCUUCGUCAUAUACCUUGUUAUUCCCUUCUGUGCGAGUUGCUGUUUGUCCAACAAGUUUAUCAAUUUCAUAACUUGGCUUGGCUACUGCAAUUCUGCACUCAACCCUUUAAUAUACACCAUUUUUAACAUGGACUUUAGGAGAGCAUUCAAGAAGUUACUCUGUAUGAAACCGUGAUUGUGCCAAAGACAGUAAAUAUUGUGUAGAGUUUUAUGCUUAUACUGAACGAUGCUGAUUUGCUCAAAUGUUUUAACUCAUUCGUAAGUAGAUUAUUAGGAUGAAUUAACAUAAUGGAAAUUUGAAUAUAAUGAUAGUAUUAAUAUUGAUUAUGAAUCUCAGUGUGCAUUUAUUGUAUACAGUCGAUAUUACAUAUAUAGUAUCUAUAUUAUCUUUCAAAUAUUGUAGAGUAGUAUCGUGUAUAUAUUUAAACUUUGGAUAGUGCAUAGCACUUUUAGAUUUCUAAAUGUGUGUAAAUAUGUUUUGUGAGUUGACCGAAUUUGGACGAGCAUUGAUAACCAACGAAUACUUUCAAAUUAAUUAUGUAAUCUUAAUACUGUACAUACAUAUCUUGGUCCGUUUGUAUAUAAGUACUUGUAAAUUAAUAUAUCUUUAACUGUUCAUACAUAAAUAUAUAUUUAAUUUAGUAGAACUAAAGUUAAGCAGUUUAUUCAGUCGUUAGAGUGAUUGUUUUCACAAUUGUAUAUCCCUUUGAAAUAAUUUGAGCCCAUAUUUAAAGGGGAUAUUAGACUUGCAACAGAUUAAUUGAU